GCUUCAUAAAAGUAGCAUUUAUAUAGGCUUUUUCUAGGGCAGCUUCAUUCAGGACCCGGUCAGUUAGCCACGGUUAGCAUUAGCAGUCAAAUUCAAAAGUGUCGGGACGGUUCCGCUCGUGCAAGUAAACCCGAACAUGGCUGCGUCACCGGCGGUCACAACACUGAGUGAAAAUCCGACUGAAGUCUUCCUUGACGUCGCCAAGUUGUUACUAACAUACGCGGACAACAUUUUAAGGUUUCCCAACGAAGAGAAGUACAGGUCGAUUCGUAUUGGCAACCCUACCUUCUCCACCAAGCUGCUGCCCAUCAAAGGUGCUGUGGAAUGUCUCUUUGAGAUGGGAUUUGAGGAGGCUGAGACUCACUUGGUCUUCCCCAAGUCUGCAUCAGUGGAGCGGCUGAAGCUCAUCAGGGAAUCCAUUGCAGCAGAGAGGGAUCAGAGACUGAAUGGAGGGGGUCCUGUCCAGUCUGCCACUCGGCCAGUUGUAGCCUCAGCCUCAGCGCCAGUGGACUCUGCCGCUGCCUCCAGCCAGCCAGUUACACCGCCCGCACAGCAGCCAUCAUCCCUGAAGAGCUGUAUAAGCUUCUUAAGGACACUUCAAUCUAACUUCGAACAUGUGAUGAUGUACGAAAACCCUGAGCUGCAGCAGAAGGCCAGGGACUGCAUCCCUCAUCAUGAGCUGUCCUCUGCUGCUCAAAAAAACCUCAGAGCUGCUGUUGAGGCUGACCCAGGUUGUAAACUUGGAAUAGAAGACUUCCUGGUACUAGAGUUGCUCAGGUGGUUCAAGCAGGACUUCUUCUCUUGGGUGGACCGCUUGCCCUGUAGCCGCUGUGGAGGGCCGACCAGUCAUGCAGGCUCCCUCAGUCCCAGCGAUGAUGAUGACAGCCGCUGGGGCGCUCACACAGUGGAGAACCAUUACUGUGAGAGCUGCAAGCUCUCCACCAGAUUCCCCAGGUAUAACCAUCCUGAGAAGUUGUUGGAAACCAGGAGGGGGCGCUGUGGGGAGUGGGCAAACUGUUUCACCCUGUGCUGCAGAGCCCUUGGCCUUGAGGCCAGGUACAUCUGGGACAGCACAGACCACGUGUGGACGGAGGUUUACUCGGUCUCCCAGCGUCGUUGGCUCCACUGUGACUCGUGUGAGAACGUCUGUGAUAAACCGCUGCUGUACGAGGUCGGCUGGGGAAAGAAACUGGCCUACGUCCUGGCUUUCUCUAAGGAACAGGUAGUCGAUGUGACGUGGAGGUAUUCCUGUAAACAUCCAGAGGUUUUGUCCAGAAGGACCAGAGUUCAGGAGGCCUGGCUGCUGCACAACAUCAAUCGCCUCAAUGCUUCAAGGCAACAGUCACUGAACACGAACACGAACAGGAAGAAGGAGCUGACCGAGAGGUUGCUUGUUGAGCUUGUUGAGUUCAUUUCUCCAAAGAAACCAAAACCAGGAGAGCUGGGGGGCCGCAACUCUGGGUCUCUGGCCUGGAGGGUAGCCCGGGGCGAGACUGGAGCGGCCGAUACAGGGACCUCCGAACAGGUUUCAGGUUUCGUGUUUACUGCUACCGAGGAAGAAAAGAGUGCCGGGUUACUACAUGUGCACUACAAUGCCACCAAAGACCAGUACUGCCGAGUGUCCAACAACUCUGAGAUCAUCCAGAGCUGGGAUCAGUGUGUGUGGAGGAAGGAGUCUGUCUUCAGAAAAGUGGAGAAUGACUGGCAGAUGGUGUACAUAGCCCGAACGGAAGGAUCUUCGUCGGGCAAAAUCAGCUGGAAGUUUGACUUUGCUUCAGCAGGAAUGAAGAUUAAGUCUGUUUCCGUCAUGGCCAGUAGCCAGACCUUCCAAUCUGGGAAAGUCUGUUGGCGCUUGCAGUCCGGCCAGAUUACAACAGAGUUCCCUGGAGAUGGAAAGAUGCAAUCGUUCUCCUCUAUGUCUGGAGCUUCAGAGCUCAUUGUAGCAGCAGAACUCAGCGGGGGAGAUGGGGAUGUCUCGUGGCAGCACACUCAGCUGUUCAGACAGAGCCUGAAGGACACAGAGGAGUCAUCAUUUGAAAUCCUAAUCUACCUUCAAGAUGCUUAACAGUAGUUUUUAACUUUAAAAAAAAAUUAACCCAUAAUUGUUCUUUACCAAACUGUGAAGGCAACAGGCACCUCUUGACAAAAUCAGUGCAAUAUAUAAAUGUGUAUUCUCUCCAGGACGAUAGAACAUGCAUGGCCUAAUGAUAGAUGAUUGAAUUGAACCUUUUAAUGUUUAUCUUUUAAAAACCAUAAAGCCAUAUAAGUUUUUUUUUUUUUUUUUUUGACAAUUUGCCUCCACUGUGAAUCUGCCCGUCAUAUGUGAUGCGCGGAGACAUUCCACAUAGUACGCAAGGGAGCGCAUGUGGCUCCAGAUCUGUUGUUUGUAAUAAACUGUCUCUUUUGGUGAGUGUGUAUUAUGUUUUUUUGUUUGUUUGUUUUUUUUUUUUGCAUCUGGUCAUACCCAGUGAUGUGUGUGUGUGUGCAAUUCUAAAUGGAUCAGAUUAAUUUUUGAGUUGUUGUGAUGAAAAGAACUCAUGUAGUGUAUGGUAAUAAAGAUAUUUUUGUAGUGUG